UUUUUUUAUCAAAAAAGUCUUGAGAAUUUAAAUUGUGAACAAAAAGACGUAGUAGUAUAUGCAUAUCAUAUAUACGUAUAUAUGUAGGAAGGAGAAAUAUGUUUAUGUGUGUAUGGUUGUGUGUAUAGACAUAUUAAAGAUUGAAGUGAAGAAGAGUAAAACAAGUAUGUCGAUGUGGGCGUUAUGUAUAGCGAAUACAUUUUCUCAAUAGUGAUAAUAAUAUAAUAAUGAAAUGGUCAGAGUGAUAUCGCUUAUCCAGUAAAAUGGCGAUCUUGUGAUUUUAAAACAACGAGCCUGUAGCAAGUGUCAAAAACUUUCUGGAGAUUGUGUGUAUGACCUGACGGAGAAACUAAACACAUAUAUACAUACAUACAUAAAUAUAUAUUUAAAUACUCGUGAGACUGAGAUUUCUGGACCAAAGAACAAGGAGAUUCUUCAUUAAAAUGGCUCGAGAAUAUGAUCAUUUGUUUAAGCUACUCAUUAUUGGAGACAGUGGAGUCGGAAAAAGUUCACUACUUCUCAGGUUCGCUGACAAUACAUUCAAUGGAAGCUACAUAACGACCAUAGGAGUUGACUUUAAAAUCCGAACUGUUGAAGUUGACGGUGAGCGAGUUAAAUUACAAAUUUGGGACACCGCUGGUCAAGAACGUUUUCGUACAAUAACGUCAACGUACUACAGAGGAACACAUGGUGUUAUUGUUGUUUAUGAUGUGACCAGCGGCGAUUCGUUUGCAAAUGUAAAACGAUGGCUGCAUGAAAUAGAGCACAAUUGCGAUAUUGUCAACAGGGUCCUAGUUGGUAACAAAAAUGAUGCGCCUAAUCACAAAGUUGUUUUGACAGAAGAUGCUCAGCGGUUUGCCAACCAAAUGGGCAUUCAAUUAUUCGAAACUUCUGCUAAAGAUAAUAUUAAUGUUGAAGAGAUGUUUAUGGCGAUAACACGUCAAGUUUUACGCACAAAAAAAGAACGUAAAGAACGUCAGGCUAUACAAACAAACGAAACGGUUAAUUUAAGAAAAAGUACCAAGCAACAUAGGAAAAAAUGCUGUUAGCACGUUUUAAUAUCUAAUUUUUUUAUUAAAAAUGAAUUUAAAAAAAAAGUUAAUAUUUAGCAAUUUUCGAAAUAUUUUUAAUCAACGGACAUUGAAUAAUAAUUUAAUAAUAAACGAUUGAAUUACUAAAAUUAUUCAAAAAAUAAAUACGAGUGUGAUUGAUCUCGUUAUUUAAUACAAUGAGAGAAAACUUCAAUGUGUGUCAUAGAUAUUGUGCUCACUAGUUUCAGACGUUUAAUAGCUAAUUUUAUACAACUAUUAUUAUAUUAUUAAUAUAUAUUAUUAUAAUUUUUAUUAAUAUUAUUAUUUUGAAUCUUGCGACUGUUAAUGAUACGAUUAAUAUCAUGUGAAAGGUGACUCAAUUUACAUACACUCGAUCGACUUUUUCUCAUCGGUGUAAACUAAAUAACAAUUAGAAGAAUCAACAAACAAUUGCUAAUGUAUUCCUCAAGAUAAAUAAUUCAACGAAAAAAAAAAACAAAUCUAUAUAAUUAUAAAAAUAUUUACAAACCGCAUAAACUCGUAGAUAAUUUAUUAAGUAUAAUCAAUCGCUAUUUGUAAAGUGUUACAACUUGUUUUUAAUAAUAAUAAUUAAAAAAAAAAAAAAAAAAAAAAAAAAAAACAUUUCAUGACAAAUUUUAAAGCUAAAACUUAUAUAAAUACCGUAAAAAAAUAAUACAUGUAAAUAUGUACAUUAUUUUUUAAACAUUUUACAAAUAGUAAAUACAAUUAUAAAAUUAUGGCCCAAAAAAGAAUUCACGAGUUGAUUUUAAAAAAUCUCGGAUUUUAUUAACUUGGCGGCUGAGACGUAUUACAAUAAGUCUGUGAUAAAAAGCAACCCUUUAUACCAAUACAUUGAUUGUUACUUUGUCAUUUUAUGUCACAAGCUAAUUAAGCAUUUUAAAAAUUUUUAUUACAUUCAAAUAAAUAGUCGCCAUAAUUUUUUAAUUUUUAAUUCGACAUAUCACAUUAACUCAAAUAUUUUGUGAUUUAAUAAAAUUUGAAUUGAUUGCUAUUUAAUAUUACAAUAAUGAAAAAAAAAAAAAAAAAAAAAAAAAAAAAAAAAAGUAACAGAUAUAAUUAUAAAAAAUAAACAAAGUAUUGAUAGUCUUUAGUCGUUGCACUGUACCUGAAGCAACGAGACAAAAUAACAAUGAGUAUUAGGUAUUUUAUUUUACUUUACUAUUAUAAUAAUAAACAGGAUUUUUUUCGUUUUUAUCAUCA